AUGGAAUCCGAUACUGAUUCUCAAAAUUCCUUCGAUUCUCAAGAAACUAUAACUUAUAAAGUUGAUCGUUACAAAAGAAAAAUAAAAAAUCCGCAGACGACAAAUGGCGAUAAUGGCGCUAUUGCACGAGUAGUCAUCUAUGAGGAGUACAUGCGCAAUCCUGCAUCAUUGAGAAAUGUGUUUCACGAAACGCGGCCCUAUCCAGAAUUGAUUAAAAAAGUCAGAUCUUUAAAUCUUGACUACUCGACGAUCUUGAUGCCGAAUAUCAGAGUAACUUGGAAAGGGGGUGUAAAAGAUUAUUCAAAUUAUCCCUUGUAUAAUUAUUUACAUAUUUGCGAGAGAGAAAUGUGUAACAUAAUGCGUUUAACUCCCCAAAAAUAUCUCCAAUGUCUGUAUACAAUUGUAACAACCUUUCGCGAACUCAAAGACACAUUUAAGCGAAGUCAAGCUAAAAAAAUUUGUGAUAUUGAUGUGAAUAAGAUAAGUGUAUUAUAUGAAGUUCUUGAAGGAUUUGGAUGGGUUUAA